CUAAGCGACAAACAUGGCGGCGCUCAUGAGCAGCGUGAUUCGGGGGCUCGCGCCCAUUACAGAACAGAAGUCAUCAUCAUUAUUAUUAUUGUUGUUGAAGAGCAAUAACAGUGUUGUUGUGAGUUCGAGGAGAUUUGUUCGAGGCCUCAGGAGGAGACCGGUAGCGGUGCUUUAUCCCGGAGAGGAACGCGAGACUCUCAUUAAAGCAGCUCACCAAAACAAGCAGCGCAGACAGGAUCCUGGGACACAGCAGCACCAGACAGACGGACGGAGGGUCAAAGAAAACUCCUCAGAGCCGAGGGGGAGGUCGAGCGGAGUGCAAGCCGACAGAUGUAGUGUGAGGGCACAGCUGGGCGGCCUGCGGUUCGACAAGGCUCUUCCUGGAGACAAGAGACUUGCGAAGAUAGUGAGCAUUGCCCGCUCCAGGGCAUUUAGAGAGAAGGAGGGCAAAGUAUUGCUGGAGGGCAAGCGUCUGAUCUGCGACGCCAUGGCUGCUGGAGCGUCUCCACAGGUGCUGUUCUUCAGCAGAGUGGAGCGCCUUCAAGAGCUUCCUCUGGACAAACUGGGCCAGGCGUCUCUGGUCAAGGUCAAAUUUGAAGACCUGAGGAUCUGGUCUGAUCUGGUCACGCCCCAGGGGGUUAUCGCUAUAUUCUCAAAGCCAGAUCAGUCUCGGCUGACCUUCCCCAAAGAUCUGCGUCUCCAGUCCAUCCCACUGUUCCUGAUCUGCGAUACCGUGCGAGACCCGGGGGCCCUGGGCACCAUCCUGCGCUGUGCCGCUGCAGCCGGCUGUGAUCGCGUCCUCCUCACUCAAGGCUGUGUGGAUCCAUGGGAGCCAAAGGUUCUGCGUGCCGCAAUGGGAGCCCACUUCCGUCUCCCUGUAUUCUCUGGCUUGAACUGGGACUCUGUUUUAGAGCACUUGCCGAACCCCGUGACUGUCCAUGUCGCAGAUGACACGAGGAGCAGCGACGCAGAGGUUCGAAAGCCUGGAAGGGUCAAUCAUGAGGUCGUGGAGCAGUACACAGAGUCAGACUCUGAUGAUGAUGAAGUGUCUCUUCUGGAGCAGAAGGUGUAUCAUGAGAACUGGGCACAGAGAAACACUGCUCUAGUGAUUAGUGAUGAGACACGUGGAUUGAGCUCGGAGGCUCUCCAGCUGGCUGAGGAAACAGAUGGUUAUAAACUGUUUGUUCCUCUGGCUCCAGGAGCGGAGCGUCUGAAUUCAGCCAUGACGGCGAGUGUCCUGCUGUUUGAAGGGCGGAGACAGUUGAUGAAAUUUACACAGAAGGCAAGAAGAGCAAAAUCCACCGUCUACUGAUCUGUAAUUCUUUACUAUGACUGUGAUGUUAAACAGGGUUGCAGUGAGUCCUGAGCCUGAACACACCUGAAGCAGCAUGCCAGUCCAGCACAUGGCACCGUUCACACACCCGGGUAAAUUAGAGAAGCCAGUUCAUCUACCAGUAUGUGUUUGAAACCCAGAGAAGCUGGAAGAAUCCACCAUGCACACUGGGAGAACCUGCAACACUCCAGCAUGACCUCGGAUUCUGAUCCUCAGUCAGAGCAAAGCAGAUCGAACCUUUUAAGGCUUUGGUUUCACGCGACUGAUCCGUUGGGAGUUUGAGAUAAAAUCCAAGCACCGCCAAGCUGGAGCAAGAUUCUUCUUUCAACUGCUCCUUUCUACUUUCGCUCACUUUCAGCAAGCGCUUUAUCCUGGUUUAUCCACAGUGGGGGCGGAGCUUAUCCCACAAACGCUGGGUGUGAGGCACAGAUGAACAGCUUGGGACAAUUUGCAUAGUCAAUCCACCAACACGGAUGGCUUUGGGAGGAAGAAGGAAACCCGUAUGGAUGUGAAGAGAACCUGUGAAGCUUCACUGUGCCACUAUAAAAUCCUCUGCAGUUUAUACACUAUGCUGGUUUAAAGGGAUAGUUCGGGAUUUUUGACAUGAAUCUGUAUGGCAUC